AUGGCUGAGUUGUUCAGCGAGCAGGCUGCCAUCUACGCUGCGGCCCGGCCGGUCUACCCCAAGGAUCUGUUUGCCAAGCUCGCGGCUCUCACCGAUGGUCACCGUUUCGCCUGGGAUGUUGGCACUGGCAGUGGUCAGGCCGCCAUCGGUGUCGCAGAGCACUACGACAAGGUUCUGGCGACGGACGCGAGCGCGGAGCAGCUGCGGCACGCCGUCCCACACCCCAAGGUCCGGUACCUCCACACCGCCGACACAACGCCAGAGGAGGAGCUCGUGGCCGCCGUCGGGGGUGAGGGCAGCGUCGACCUCAUCACGGUGGCGCAGGCGGUACACUGGUUCGACCUCCCGGCGUUUUAUGCCGUGGCUAACCGGGUCCUGCGGAAGCCCGGAGGGGUGAUCGCAGUGUGGGGCUACAACUACCACGUGAUCCCCGUGGAGGACUUGCUGUCGCGCUUCUUCCGCACCACCCUGCCGUACCGGGACCCCAGAUCGUGGUACCUCAUGGAAGGGUUCCGGAACCUGCCGUUCCCGUUCGCGGACGUCGGGCUCGGGAGGGAGGGCCAGCCGGCCGGCUUCGACAUAGAGCAGGAGAAGUCGUUCGCGGGGCUCAUCGGCAUGCUUAGGUCCACCGGGGCGGUGGCGAGAGCCAGGCAGCAGGAUGGCGUGGAGCUGCUGGACGAACACGUGAUCAAGGAGCUGGAGGAAGAAUGGGGAGGGCCGGAGCUUGUCCGAAAGGUGACGUACAAGGCCUUCCUGCUGACAGGAACCCCUCGUCCUGCUCCUUCUCCUCCUCCAUCUGCAGGAGCGGGACUAGAGGAAUGA